ACUCGACUGACGUCCAUGUGUACUGAUGUGUAGAGUUUAUGCAUUUUGCAGUGAUUAUAAUAUAACCUGAGUCUGGUUUUUCGUACAGCUGUAUUAUUUACAACUUUUCAAUAAUUGCAUUUAAAAUAAAGUAAGCAGUGAAAAAACUAAAGUAUACACUUAAAUUAUGAUAUUAAUGAUUUUAAAAACACAUAUAAAUAAUAUUUUAUUUGGUUAUAAAUUGUGUCAUAAGUGCAUCACUACUAUACACUUGCAUUCCAAAAUUUGUGACAGUGCUCAGUUUAAUUUUUGAGUGAAUUUUUAAAUUAUUUAGACUAAAUACGCUAAAUGAGUAACGUGAAGAAUCUACUUGAUGAUCAAGAUCCUGAUUACACAAUUCCAAUAUCUACUAAUAAAAAUCAAGAAGAAGUUUGUGAAGAAAAUGCUCGUACAACAGCAAGAAAAAUAACUGCAAUUAUUGAAAAGGAAUUUUCACAAGAAAUAGAUGCAAAGAGAAAUGAAGUCUUACAAAUUCAAGAAAGAUUACAUAAGGCAUUGAAGACUCUACAUUUAUUACGAUACGUCAUCAUUACUGAUUUCUAUAAUCGUAAACAAUGUCAAGCCUCUCAGAUUCGAGAAACGCAACAAGUUCGUAUCCAUCCAGCAAUUAAACAAUUGAUUGGAAAAAGUCCUAAACGGCCACAUAAUGAUUUUGCUGUACCAUCUACAUCCACGGAUCCACGAUUUUUAAAUGGAUACUCAUAUCUUUCGCCUACAAAAACAAAACCAACCGAGCAUAAUGUUUUAAAGACUGAGAAUACAACGGAAUCAUCAAAGGAGUGUAACACAAGUAUGCAGUUUGAAGACCAAAGUGAAGAUGAUAUUCAACCACCAAAAAAAAUUCCACGGUAUAUACCACCAAAAAGUGGAGUACCAGAACCUGCAUGUCCUUCUAGAGGUGUUAGGCAUAAAGUAAGAAAACGCAUAGUAAUUGGUAAUAUUUCCAAGUGGAUUCCACCAGACUGGAGAGAAGAUCCUGCCAGUCAUAAAUGGACAAUAUAUGUACGAGGUAGUAAAGAGGUUUCUAAUAUUGGAGAUUUUGUAAGUAAAGUUAGAUUUUUUUUGCAUCCAAGUUACAGACCAAAUGAUGUUGUUGAAGUAUCAUCUGCUCCAUUUCAUCUCUCAAGACGAGGUUGGGGUGAAUUUCCACUAAGAGUACAGUUACAUUUUAAAAAUCCAAUUAAUAAACCAAUGGAUAUUAUUCAUCAUCUCAAAUUAGAUCGUACAUAUACUGGCCUUCAAACAUUAGGUUCUGAAACUGUAGUUGAUGUAUGGAUUUAUACAAUGGAUCCAAGUGCUCUUAUACAAGCUAAUAAUGAAAUUUCUGACAGUUCUACAGAAGAAAUAAAUUCUUGUACUAUUAAUGAUGACAAAAAAUCUGAUUCAAUGAUUGGAACAACACAAAAAUCAAGUACUUCAAUUGAUUCUGCUAUAAUUACUGUGAAAUCUGAAACAAAUGAUAUAGAAGUUCCUAAUAUAGACAAUAAGUUAAAUGAUAUGAAAAUACAAUUAGAUGUAUCCGUUGUUAAAUCUGAGCCUAAUGAUGAGGUUACUACACAGUCAGUGUCAUUUAUGACAGAUGAUAAUACACUUACAUCUAGUUGUAAUAGUAACAUGACACAAUUGGAACAGAUACAAUUUUCUGUUUGUCAUGAUCAUGAUUAUUUAAAUAAUUAUAUAUCUAAUGAAACUAACUUAUUUGUAGAGAAUAAUAUAACUAUAGAACAUUCACCUGAUAUUAAUCCGAUUAAGAAAUCCAUGAAUUCAAUGGUAGAACUAUCUGGAAAUAAUACAAAUUCAGUAAAGCAAUGUUUUAAUAAUUGGCAAUGCACAUCUAAUACAGAUACAGAGAAAUCUGCUGAAAUUAAUGCUAGCAUAAAUAAGAAACAUAAUAUUGAAAAAGAUAUAAGUGAUGAAAAUAAAUAUACAAAAGUUGGAGCAUCGUCAUUAUGGGUUAAAAAUACCAGCAAAGUUUUGUCUUCGUUAGAAAGCAUUGAUCCUAAGAUGGAUUUAACAAGAAAGGAAGAAAUAUGUUCUGAAGAAGUUAUCCAAAAAGAACAUUUUAGAAGUAAUAUAAAUGAGCCAAAUAAAGGUACUUCGUGUCCAAUGAAUUUUAAAUCAAGUUUGUGUCCAUUACAAAUUUCAAUACCUCCUUCGUUUGAACCAGCCGUAGGAAAGCAUAUGUUAAUUUUACAAAAUAAUAAACGUACUUCAACGGAAGCAAAUAUUACAUGUCCUUCUAAAAUGAAUAUUGUCAAAUAUGCAAAAAAUCAUUGCAAAAUUGAUACAAACAAUUGUUUGAGUUAUGUUAAUUCAAAGACAAGUAUACUUAUUCCUAGAGGAACUAGUGUCUUGAAAAAACAAACAAAACAAACGGGGAAAUCAACUGCAAAUAAUAAAAACGAUAAUACAUAUGCAAUAUUGGAGAUUAAACCAUCAAACAGUCUCUUGUUAAAUUUGAAUUCUGAUGUACCAGCAUUGAAAAUAGUAGAUAAUGUUUCUAACAAUACGAAAAAUUCGUAUAAUACAAACUCUUCACGUUUAGAAACAUCAUCAUUGCAAAAAGAUCAAAUACUUCCAAAAUCAAUUAAUCAUAAUGGUAAAAUAGCAAAAUCACGAAUUAUUUUGGGUAAAGAUAAAUUGAAGCUUCACAGUAAAGAAGAUUUAUAUGAUAAAGUUCUUAAAUCGAUAGAAACUGUAAAAAUCACAGAUAUAGAAGGUUUAUUACGAUUUAUUAUACGUAGGAUACCUAUUGUCACUCCAUAUGCAUCCGAUCCAGAUUACAAACGUUUACAUCCUUAUGCUUGUGCCACAGAGGAAGAAUAUUUUAAUCAUAAUAUGGGUAAACGUGCAGCUUAUGAAUGGUGGCGAGCAAAAACAGUACGAUCAUUUUUACGUAAAAAACUUACUGUGGAAGAUAAAUUAUGGUCAGUGAAAGAGAUAAUACUUUGGGCAAGAUUGUAUGGAUAUACACCAACACGUUCUUGUUUUGGCAUAGAUGCAACAACAACAACGAGUGGAGCAAAAAGAUUACCAUGUUCAGAGAUUUCAGCAACAAUGUCAACGUGUACAGAACCAAUAGCGUUUCAAAAGUGGCUUCAAACGUCUUAUGAUAUGUCAAAGAAUUUAACAACGGAUAACGAUGAUUCUCAAGAGGAAGACAUUGAUAUACUAACUUGUCAGAAUCCUGAAAACGAUAAAACGAUGCAACAAAAUUGUAUGAAAGUUGACUCUAGUAAUGAAAUAAUAACAUCUGGAACUAUAUCUCUUGAUAUGGAAGAGAAAUUAUUACCAUUGCAUAAUUUUAUUUGCGAGACAACCAGAAGCAUUGGCAUUACGUUAAAACCAGAAGAAAUUAUUCCUAACGUGUUUCAUUGCACUGCAAGUCGUGUCAUGAUACGGGCGAUGGAAUGCUUUAUGGAAGAUAUUGUCAGAACAUCUUUAGCAAAAGCUUGGGAAAAGACUAAUGGCAAAGAAUAUCCACAAACUUUGUCGUUGGACGAUGUUCGUUCCGCCUUAACAAGUCGAGAAGAGUUCGAUAUUUUUACAAAUGAGGGUUUGGGUUCGCGGUAUCAACUUACUACAGAGGAUUAAUUAAUAUUGCCAUUUGUUCCACAUAUAUACAAUUACAAAAAAAAGUGUAAAAAAAAAAAAAUAAGAAUGUUUAUAUUUUGAGCAUAAUCAUAUAUUGAGCAAUAAUAUAGGUGGAUAUUAAGUAUUUUCAGUAUUACUAGUACUAAUACUAGUACUUACGUUGCAAGAGUACAGAGAUUUUUUAGAAAGCAAGGGAAUAUAUAUAUUAUAAAUAAUUUAAUAUUUAAACGUUUUGAAAUAAUGUAUCUCUGUGCCACUUUUUUUUCCAUGUAUAAAAAGUAAUCGUUUUGAUUUACCAUUGUAAACAUUCACAUAGGACUUCCAUAGUUAAAUUAUCAAUUUGUAAAUUGUAGAGUUUUUAUACGACGGACACGUAGAAAAAAUUACGAAAUCUGAACAUUCUAGCAUUUAAUUUUGUUAUUUUCAUUUUUUACAAAUUUUUUUACUUAAAGGAUAAAUUGAUUGGAGAUAUGUAAAUAUUAUCUAUAACAACAAAUUUCUAUAUAUCUUAUUUUAAUUUAAUCCUUUAUCGUAUGUCAAUACGACAUUUAUUAUGUUCCGUUUGCCAUUCCUUCUUCUUUUUCAUUUUUUUUUUCUACUGAGCAAUGAUUAAGUAGUCGGUGAAAGUUCGUUGCUAGACACAACAUAUUUAAACGAGAUGAAUCAUGCGACGAUUUGCAUUCGAAUAAGCCUACCUUUUUCGUUGUUGAGAAUAAGAAAUCUAAGGGAAUAAAAUCUAAGAUUUAAUAAAUCAUUCUUUUUUAUUUCGAUUCAUAAUAAUUUCGUUUCGUUUCAUAUUUAAACUUUGGUAUCAUAUUUUGGUAUUUCUAAUAUUUCAUCUUUUUUCCAAAUGUGCAUGCAUUUAAUAUUGUUGUAAAAAUUUAUAUAAUCGCUGACAAGAGCAUACUCGCACAUAAAUAUUUCGUUUGUACUUCUUAUUCUUUAUUGAUCUGAUUUCUCAUAAAAGGGAAAAUGAAAUCACGGAUAUUUAUACAUUUUAAUAAAAAAUAUCUUCCUUCGUACUUAUAAUAACAUUAUUUUUUUUUACAUGAAUAAUAUCCUCUAAUUAUAAUUAUUUCAAUUUUUAUAAAACAUUAUUGAAAAAUUCAUGAUAAAGUUUGAAGAAAAAAUUUGUAAUUAUACGUUCUUAUGUAUGUUAUAUGCGUAUGAUCGUUAUUAGGAUAGUAAAAAGAAUGUUGAAUAGGUAAUAAAUUAGAAAUAACUUGUAAUUAAGAUAAUUGAAGAGUCAUGAAGUAAGAUUCUAACUAACAAUACUCUUAUGUGAGGAGUAAA